GCAGCAGACAGAGCAGAACCCAGGAGAGCAGGUCUGCACCUCUGCUACUACAGACCAGGAGUCACCACAAUGCCCAUCCUGGAAAAAGUCCCCCAUAAGACUGUCAGCACUGAGGAGGAAUCUGGACUGCCAAAAUUACCGGUACCCCCACUGCAGCAAACGCUGGCCACCUACCUGCAAUGCAUGCGGCACCUGGUGCCAGAGGAGCAGUUCAGGAAGAGUCAGGCCGUCGUGCAACGGUUCAGCACCCCUGGUGGUCUGGGUGAGACCCUGCAGCAGAAACUUCUGGAGCGGCGGGAGAAGACAGCCAACUGGGUGUCUGAGUACUGGCUGAAUGACAUGUAUCUCAAUAACCGCCUGGCCCUACCCGUCAACUCCAGCCCAGCUGUGAUCUUUCCUCAACAACACUUCCAAGACACCAACGAUCAAUUAAGGUUUGCAGCCAGCCUCAUUUCUGGUGUGCUCAGCUACAAGGCUUUGCUGGAUAGCCAUUCAAUCCCCUUGGACUGUGCCAAGGGCCAGCUGUCAGGGCAGUCGCUCUGUAUGAAGCAGUACUAUGGCCUGUUCUCUUCUUACCGGCUCCCUGGCCACACUCAGGACAUGCUGGUGGCCCAGAAGAGCAGUGUGAUGCCUGAGCCUGAGCACAUCAUUGUAGCCUGCUGCAACCAGUUCUUUGUCUUGGAUGUUGUCAUUAAUUUCCGUCGUCUCAAUGAGGGGGAUCUGUUCACUCAAUUGAGAAAGAUAGUCAAAAUGGCUUCCAACGAGGAUGAACGCUUGCCUCCAAUCGGCCUGCUGACAUCAGACGGGAGGAGCGAGUGGGCGGAGGCCAGGACAGUCCUCGUGAAAGACUCCACCAAUCGAGACUCACUGGACAUGAUUGAACGCUGCAUCUGCCUGGUGUGCCUGGAUGCCCCUGGUGACGGGGAUCUCAGCGACACCAACAGAGCACUGCAACUUCUCCACGGUGGAGGCUGCAGCAAGAAUGGGGCAAACCGGUGGUAUGACAAGUCCCUGCAGUUCGUGGUGGGCCGAGAUGGCACCUGCGGCGUAGUGUGUGAGCACUCCCCAUUUGAUGGCAUUGUCCUGGUGCAGUGCAUGGAGCACCUGCUCAAGCACAUGAUGAAGAGCAGCAAGAAGCUGGUCCGAGCAGACUCUGUCAGUGAGCUCCCCGCCCCAAGGAGGCUGAGGUGGAAGUGCUCCCCAGAAAUCCAAGGCCACCUAGCCUCCUCAGCAGAAAACCUUCAGCGAAUAGUAAAGAAUCUUGACUUCACUGUUUAUAAAUUUGAUGGCUAUGGGAAAACAUUUAUAAAGAAGCAGAAAUGCAGCCCAGACGCCUUCAUCCAGGUGGCCCUCCAGCUGACCUUCUACAGGCUCCACCGGAAACUUGUGCCCACCUACGAGAGUGCAUCCCUUCGCCGAUUCCGGGAGGGGAGGGUAGACAACAUCCGCUCAGCCACUGCAGAGGCACUGGCUUUCGUGAGAGCUAUGACUGACCAUACGACAUCCAUGUCGGCCUCUGAGAAGCUGCAGCUCCUAAAGGUGGCCAUCCAAGCUCAGACAGAGUACACAGUCAUGGCCAUCACAGGAAUGGCCAUUGACAACCAUCUGCUAGCUCUGAGGGAACUGGCCCAGGAGCUGUGUAAGGAGCCGCCAGAGAUGUUCACGGAUGAAACUUACCUGAUGAGCAACCAGUUCCUCCUCUCUACCAGUCAGGUGCCCACAACCAUGGAGAUGUUUUGCUGCUAUGGUCCUGUGGUCCCCAGUGGGUAUGGCGCCUGUUACAACCCCCAGCCGGAGACCAUCCUCUUCUGCAUCUCCAGCUUCCGGGACUGCAAGGAGACCUCUUCUACCAGCUUUGCAGCAGCUGUGGGAGCAAGCCUGACUGACAUGCAGGGCCUCUGUGGCACCGCACAGGUGGCUGAGAGCAAACCCCUGGUAACAAAGGAAAAAGCCAUCAGGCCCAGCCAGGGUCACCAAUCUUGA